UGCUGAGCUUCAGUCGCCACCAGAAGCAUUCUGGACUUUUCCAACCCUCCGCGGACCAAACUCUUUUUUUUUAUUUCCAGGCGGCCCAUGGGAGCUUUUCAGCGGGAUCGAGGCUGUACGAUCCUCGGCAGUGUUCUGAGACUGUACGGCCCCGAAGCCCUCCGAACCACAGUCUCAUCCGCGUCUGUCCCGAAUCGAACCCAAAGUUGGACUUAAUUUGACGGUGAUUCAAAGAAACCAUGGUGGCCGAAAAGGACAAAAAAAGAAGCAGCUCGGAGCGUCGUAAGGAGAAAUCUCGGGAUGCAGCGCGAUGUCGACGCAGCAAAGAGACGGAGGUGUUUUACGAGCUGGCUCACCAGCUGCCGCUGCCGCACAGCAUCAGCUCCCACCUGGACAAGGCUUCCAUCAUGAGGCUGGCCAUCAGCUUCCUGCGCAUACGCAAACUGCUCACGGCAGGCUGCAGCGGUCACAGCACCAACGACGGCCAGUUGGACAGUCUGUACCUGAAGUCGCUGGAGGGCUUUGUCACCGUGGUAACGUCUGAUGGCGACAUGAUCUUCCUGUCGGAGAACAUCAACAAAUUCAUGGGGCUCACGCAGGUGGAGCUUACCGGACACAGCAUCUUUGACUUCACCCAUCCGUGUGACCACGAUGAGAUCAGAGAAAACCUCAGCCUGAAGACAGCAGGUACCAGUUUUGGUAAGAAAGGAAAAGAAGUGAGUACCGAGCGUGAUUUCUUCUUGAGGAUGAAAUGCACAGUCACCAACAGGGGGCGGACUGUCAACCUCAAGUCAGCUAGUUGGAAGGUGCUGCACUGCACGGGACACCUUAAGAUGUACAACAGCUGCUCCCCGCGAGUGCUAUGUGGCUUCAAAGAACCCCCGCUCACCUGCGCCAUCCUUAUGUGCGAACCCAUCCUGCAUCCAUCCAACAUCGACAUGCCGUUGGACAGCAAGACCUUCCUGAGCAGACACAGCAUGGACAUGAAGUUCACUUACUGUGACGAGAGGGUGACGGAGUUGAUGGGAUACACCCAGGAGGAUCUGCUGGGUCGUUCGGUUUAUGAUUUUUACCACGCGCUGGAUUCAGACAGCAUCACCAAGAGUCACCAUAACUUGUGUACCAAGGGUCAGGCAGUCAGUGGUCAAUACCGAAUGCUGGCAAAGAACGGCGGCUACGUCUGGGUGGAAACGCAAGGAACGGUUAUUUAUAACAGCCGAAACUCUCAGCCCCAGUGCAUCGUGUGCAUAAACUACGUCCUCAGUGACGUGGAGGAGAAGUCUAUGAUUUUCUCCUUGGAGCAGACAGAGUCCCUGUUUAAGCCUCAUCAUGUGAGCGCUUUCCUCAGCUCUGGAAGUCUGAGUUGCACCGGAAAACCAGGCCUUUUCACCAAGCUCAAAGAAGAGCCAGAGGACCUCACUCAGCUCGCGCCAACGCCAGGCGACACCAUCAUCACCCUGGACUUCAGUCAGCCUGCAUUUGAAGAGCCCCAACCAACAUCAUACACCGAGGUAUCUGCUGCGUCCAUACCCGCGGCAGGGCCGACAUCCUGUGUCAGUGAGAGCCACAGGUCUGCCCCGACCCCGACUCCUUUGGCUUUCACCAGCAUGGGCAGUACCUUCACGGUGCACCAGAAACCGCCACCUGGCAGCGCUACUCCGAGCCUCAGCAGCUGCUCCACGCCCAGCAGUCCGGGUGAUUAUUACAGUUCUGCAGAGAGUGACCUGAAGGUGGAUCUGACUGAGAAACUGUUUGCUUUGGAUACAAAGGGCACCAACAGUCCUGCACACACUGAGAAUGACCUGAGUGACUUGGACCUUGAGACUUUGGCUCCUUAUAUUCCCAUGGACGGAGAGGACUUUGAGCUGAAUCCCAUCGUUCCGGAGUCAGAGCCCUUGGAAGAGGGUCAAGCAGGAUCCAUGGGGGGCAGCGUCCUUCCCCAAACACAGCCAGUCACCCAGCACAGCUUCAGCAACAUUGCCAGCCUCUUCCAGCCCCUGUCCUCCCCCCCUCAGUCCCACAGCCACUACCAGCACCGACCAGCUGCAUCCUGGGUUGCAGAGGAGAAGAGGGGUCUCAGCCAGGGGGAUGUGGACCCCCAGACGGGGUCAUACAUGUUUGAAAACAUGCAGAAUCCUCCAUAUCGGGCCCCACAGAGCAUCCCGCUUUCCUCCAUGGGUGGCAGGCAGAACCUGCAAUGGCCUCCAGACCCACUGUUAACCUACCACCACCACCACCAGCAGCCACCACAGACCUCAAAGACCUACAUAACGGACACUUUGUCUGGAGAAGAACAGACUUUGCCACAUCUGCUACAUAAACACAGGUCAUCUGAGAGUUUUCUACAGCUGUACAGAGACAUGAAUCCGUUCAGAGUCACCCUAUCCAACAGGAUCAAACGCUCCUUCACUCAGAUGGCUGCUGGAGAAAACAAGAUGCCAGAAAUUUUGUGGAAGAAGAUGAGGAGUGACGGUGGUGCUGGUAUGGAGCGCUCACUCAGCGCAGGAUCUCUGCCAGUUUCAGAUUCAGGAAUGGGGACAAUGAUACCCGGCAGCAUGUCUUCAUGUCUCAGUUUUCUUCACCAACAUCGAAAAAGUCAAUAUCCAGGGCAUGAUAUCAGAGGUGCACGUGAUGAAGUUUUUCCUCAAAAGAGCUACACAUUCACAGAGCAUAACAUGCUGCCUUCUAACAGGACCGAGGGUAUCACUACUCAUUUGCUUGGCCCUUCGUUUGAGUCCUCCUGCCUGCCAGAGUUGACCCGUUAUGACUGUGAGGUCAACGUCCCAUUGCAGGGUAACUUGCACCUCCUCCAGGGCUGUGACCUGUUGAGAGCCCUGGACCAGGCCACCUAGACCGUUGAAUUCAGUUCCAUCAUCAUACACCUGGACUUGCUCCCAGGCAGCCCAAACCGCAAUCUGCUUGAGAACUAAAUCAUUUGUUUUUCUGGGCCUUCUGAAAGCCAAGACGCAAGCUAUCUACGUGGGAAUGGUUUUCAAACCCCCAGGCUCCCUUAGAAAUUUUUUAAGCUCUUGUUCCUUCUCUCAUUUUGUUCAUAUACCAGCUGUUCAACUUCAUAUGAAGGCAAAGCCACUUAUACCCCUUUUCAACUGAGCUCUUGACAGCAGGUCGAGGCCAGGUUCCUGUGAAGUGUUGCCACCCAUCAGGCGUUGGAUCCACAUGAGUAAAAUCACACUGUUCAGUCACUAAGACGAAGUAACCAUGGGACAUGGCACGAACAGGCUAACAGCACUGAUGGUUACUUUGUUUUUGUUUAAAACUCUUUGCACUGGGUCAUCGGGUUUGGUGUAAAGGCAUUGCACAGGUCAGUUCUGUAAUGGUAAAACACGGGUUGAGUCCUCAGUGUACAAGGGGUAUUAGUGGAGUGGGAUUAGAGCAUACAGCCUGCCUUCAGACUCUGCACUGCCGUUUCCCAACAUCUACCCUGCUUACUAGGUCUGCUAGCAAGCUGGGACACAACGCUAGGCUGCAUCAUCACGGGAUUCACACUUGCAACCUGAGUCUUAUCCAGAUCAUCUCUUUCUCAAAGACCUACGUCCAGCUCCGGACUGUGUACAGGUCAAUCCCAGCCUUCAGUUCGCUUUACUCUGAAAGCUCUAUAUGUAGCCAAACACAAUACUACCUACUCACUCACACAGACACUAGUUUAUUAGACCAUCAGGAUUUCUAGAACUGUCUAAGCUUCAAAUCUUGAAUCCUAGUGUUGGAUAUCAAGAAAUGGUUACGUAUUUGGAGUGAGUUUAAUAUAUA